CAGCACUUCAGUUACCACCCUUGUGAGAGGAGCAGAUGCCAAUAAAUUGUCUCAUGGUCCAAGUCAGACUCUGUAACUCUAUAAAUCAGCUCCCAGGACAAGGCUCCUCAGCCAGAGUGAUCAUAAUACCAUCAAGGAAGAGCCCUAUCAUCUGCAGUCAGAAUCAUGUGUGACCAGCAGAAGCAGUCCUGCCUGCCACCCCCAGAGUGCUGCGUGAAAGGGUCUUCUUUUUCCCCCUCCCCAGCCUUUGCCCCCAUAAAAGGCCAGGCCUCUGGUGAAGUACAAACUUUUCAGACUUGCUCUGCAAAGGGUCAGGUUGUAAGCCAAUCUCAAACUUCAUCUACAAAAGGCCAGGCCCUGUGCCAGUCUAAUAUAAGUUCAGGAAAGGGUCAAGCCCCAAGUCAGUCCCAGAUGUGCUAUGUCCAGUGCCAGGCCCCAUGCCAGGCCCAGGAAUGCUAUGUAGAAUACCAAGUUGCACAUCCUGUUCAGACCUCCUAUGUACAACGCUCUCCAGUUUGCUCUACUGAGACUUACUAUGUGCAGUGCCCAGCUCUGUGCCCUGUUGAGACCUAUGUGCCAGUCGUGGUUCCUCAGCCAGCUCAGACUUAUGUAGAAUACUAUCCUCAAUGCCAGGCUCAGGGGUAUUAUAGCAGCAGUGCCCCUCAGCACCAGUCGCAGGGGUACUACACCAGCUGUACCUCUCAAUGCCAGUCUCAGUGCUAUAGUGGUGGUGCCCUUCAGAGCCAAUACCAAGGAUCCUACAGUGGCAGUUCCCCUCAAAAUCAAUAUCAGCGAUCCUACAGUAGAUGUCUACCUGCACGCCCCUCUCAGCCUUCUUAUCGUGGCUGUUCUCCUCCACGCCGACCUCAGCCUUCCUAUGUCAGCUGCACCCUUCCGCGCAUGUCUCGGCCCACCUAUCGGAGCUGCUCCCCUCCACGAAGAUCUCAGCCUACUUAUACUUACUGUACUCCUCCACGCACUUCUCGGCCUGCCUAUCGGAGCUGCUCCCCUCCACGCACAUCUCGGCCCACCUAUCGGAGCUGCUCCCCUCCGCUAAGAUCUCAGCCUGCUUAUACUUACUGUACUCCUCCACGCACUUCUCGGCCUGCCUAUCGGAGCUGCUCCCCUCCACGCACAUCUCGGCCCACCUAUCGGAGCUGCUCCCCUCCACGCAGAUCUCAGCCCACCUAUACUUACUGUACUCCUCCACGCCAAUCUCAGCCUUGCUAUAGUAGUUGCCCUCCUAGGCGUCCAGCUUCAGGGUCUUCCCAGAGAUGUGGUCCCAAAUACCGGGUAGAAAUUUCCUCUCCCAACUGUCCUGCUCAGGUCCCCCCAAGGAGGCGGCCUGUUCAGAUUCCCCCCAUCAGACGCACUUGCCAGGGUUCUAGCACACAAUAUUCUGGUAGCACUCCCUGCCCACAGCCAUUUCCAGAGCCACGUCCACUCCAAGAUUCAUGUUCACCCCCAGAACGACGGCUGAGACCAUGCCCACUCCCAGCUCCACGCUCAUGCUGGCAACCUUGCCCUGAACCAUGUUCUGCACUCCAGCCUGAGCCGUGUCCUGCACCACGGCCUGAGCCGUGUCCUGAACCAAGGCCCUGUUUAGAGCCCUAUUCAGAACCUUGCCCUCAUCCAGAGCCACCACAUACGGAACCGCGUGGCCCUAGCAGUCCUUGCAACUGCCCCAAACCAUGCCCCUGCCCACCUUCUUGUCCUUGUUCUCCUGGUUGCCAUGAAUCUGAGCCUCAUCACCUAGAUAUUGAACCACCACCCUGUGGCCCUGCUGGAUACAAUGAGGAAGAGGUCUUUAGUUCUGGAUGCUCAGAGCCACGAGAUAUGGGUGGCUGUGGUACCAAAGGUGGAGCCUUCUCUGAAGUGAAAGGCUUCUAUUUCUAAAAAGCCUAAUAAGAGAGUAUAUUCUUCUUUUCACUCUGUAGUCAAAUACGCUUCUGUUUGAAGCUCUCCUGCUCAAAAAUUUUCAGACUCUCAGCAGCUUACAGAAUAAAUUCUAAGUUUUCUUAUUUGAUAUUCAAGAUCCCUCACCAUACAGUCAUAACCUAUCUGUAUGUCUCUCCUCUUUCCUCUCUCCUCUCUCUCCUUCUUUCUCUCUCCCCCUUUCCCUCCCCCUCUUCUCUCUC